AUGGGCCAUGGCUCAAGUUUUCCUCAGCCCUGUGAAGAUUCUCGAGUGGUAAAGACGAAAUUCGGCUAUGUCAUGCGUAUUCGCGAGGUCUUUCGGAAAGUAUCGGCCAAAAACUUUGAAGUGAUUUAG